GGGUGAUUGUGAUCGGAACCGGAUUCGCUUCGAGCCAGUGCAAUGUGGCGACGACACCCCCGUGCCCCCUCCCCGCAAUCAUAUACAACAUGGCCGCGCCGGCUCAUUUCUCAACUUGCCUCCUCCUUCUCCUCGUCCACCACGACUCCUAUGGCCUCCCCCCGCAUCGAUUGGUCCAAGGUCGACUCCCCCAGCGAGCAGCUCUACGCCUUUUCGGGUAGACGCUCGGUCGUGUACGGCACCAAGGGUGUCGUCGCGUCCUCGCAGCCCCUUGCCACCGAAGUCGGCCUCGAGAUCCUCAGGAAGGGCGGGAAUGCAGCGGAUGCGGCAGUCGCGACGUCUGCUGCGCUGAACGUGACCGAGCCCAGCUGCUGUGGCAUCGGUGGGGACGCGUUCUGCCUCUUCUACGACGCCAAGACCAAGAAAGUCAAGGCACUGAACGGGUCUGGACGCUCGCCUGAGAAGCUGUCCAUCGACUAUCUGCGCCAGCGUGGUGUCACUAGCAAGAAGAUACACGUCACCGAUAUCAACGCGGUCACCGUCCCAGGCGCCGCCGCCGCAUGGGUUGACACAGUAGAACAACUGGGCAGCGGGAAGCUGUCAGUCGCUGACGUGCUCGCCCCGGCCAUCCGUCUGGCAGAGGAAGGUGUUCCCGUGUCCGAGGUCCACGCCCAUUCGUGGAGGCGAUCCGAGGACUUGAUCAAGAAUGCAUCGCCAAAUUCUGCGGAAAUGCUGCUCAAUGGCCGUGCGCCGCGCUUCGGAGAGAUCAUGACGUUCCCUACGCUGGCGGCGACCUUCCGGGAGGUCGCGGAGAAGGGCAAGGAUGGCUUUUACAAGGGCCGUGUGGCACAGGCAAUCGUCGACUUGAUCCAGAGUCAGGGAGGCGUCAUGGAGCUCUCUGACUUGGCGAAGCACGAGUCCAACUUCGUUGAACCCAUCAAGUACACGUACUUGAACGACGUGACCGUUCACGAGUGCCCUCCAAAUGGACAAGGAAUAACUGCGCUCCUGGCCCUGGGAAUAAUUGAGCAGAUGCAGAAGCAAGGGAUCGUUCCCGACCUCCUUCAGAUGGAGCAUAAUUCGCCUCUGUAUCUACACACGCUCGUCGAGGCGCUACGUCUAGCCUUCGCCGACAGCCAGUGGUAUGUUACCGACCCCGACGUCGUACACGUCCCAGUGGCAGAGCUCCUUAGCGGAGAAUAUCUCGCCAAGCGCGCGAAGUUGUUCAACCCGAAGAAUACCAAUCCGGAGGUCGUUCAUGGUAACCCCGUCGCGUCCAGCGAUACUGUCUACUUCUCGGUCACAGACCAGUGGGGGAAUGCAUGCAGCUUCAUUCAGUCCAAUUACGCAGGCUUCGGCACCGGCGCCAUUCCCAAGGGCUGCGGCUUUACACUUCAGAACAGAGGCAGCGGCUUCAUCCUCGAUGAGAACCACCCGAAUGCGCUGAAGGGAGGCAAGCGCCCGUACCACACCAUUAUACCCGCGCUCGCCACUCGCGGCGAUGAGCUUUUCAUAAAUUACGGUGUUAUGGGCGGCUACAUGCAGCCGCAAGGCCACGUCCAAGUACUCCUUAACAUGCUCCGCGGCUUCACGCCCCAAUCCGCCCUCGACGCGCCCCGCUUCUGCAUCUCCGCAGGCUCGCCCGACGCAGAGGCGGUCAAGAACUCGGAGACCGCCGCGGGCGACAUAAACUCGACCGUCUUCUUCGAGGAGGGCAUCUCGCCCGAGACGGUGCAGACGCUGCGUGACAUGGGCCACGAUGCCAACCUCGUCACUGGCGUCGCACGCAACAUGUUCGGCCGCGGGCAAGUCAUCCAGAAGAUCGUCGACGCCACCACCGGGAGGACCGUCUUCGCUGCCGGCUGCGACCCUCGCUCGGACGGGCACGCAGCGGCGCAGAUAUAAGCGCGAUAUAA